AUGGCGGCGCCUCAAUGUGGAUUCGAAAAAGCUGAAAUCCUCGAUGUUCUCAUCAUCGGAGCAGGAAUUUCCGGCAUCAACUGUGCGUACCGUCUACAGACCGACCUUCCCCAUGUCAAAUUCGCGAUCCUCGAGGGUCGCGAUCGAAUUGGCGGCACCUGGGACCUAUAUCGAUAUCCUGGUGUCCGCAGCGAUUCAGACAUCUAUUCCAUGGGCUUCGCGUGGCAUCCUUGGUCCUUCGAUCAACCGAUAGCCACUGGAGACCAGAUCGUAGAAUACCUUUCUGACGCCGUGUCAAAGAAUCACCUAGACCGCCACAUUCGAUUUCGCCAUAUGGUAUCAUCCGCGAACUGGUCGACACCGGAUCAAAAUUGGACUUUGGUUGCUAAAGAUCACGAUGGUCUGUACAAGUACUUUCGCGCCCGUUGGAUAAUUCUAGGGACGGGAUACUACGAUUACGACACCCCUCUCCAUGCAGACAUACCCGGUUUAGACAGUUUCAAGGGGCAGAUCAUUAAUCCACAGUUUUGGCCGUCAGAUUUCAAUUAUAAUAAUCAGAAAAUCGCCGUUAUCGGUAGUGGCGCAACGGCUGUAAGCUUGCUACCCGCGCUGCCGGAGAGGGCCGCCCAGGUUACGAUGAUCCAGCGGAGUCCGACCUACAUACAUCCGUCUCCAAAUACUGCAUGGCUGCAGCUCUACUUCCCUCGGUUUCUUGUCGAUUUAUACCGGCGUAUACGUUACCUCAUCACUCCUUACCUCAUGGUCCUACUAUGCCGCUACUAUCCUGACCUUGUCAAAGACAGCUUUCGUAAGGAAGUCACAAAACUACUACCAAACCCAAUUGACUAUGACACACAUUUCAAACCACGCUACAAUCCGUGGGAUCAACGUAUCUGUACUGACCCUGACGGUACGUUCUACAAGACGCUCCAUCUGCCGAAUGUGCAUCUCAUCACCGGCGAGAUCGAUACGGUAACAAACAGCGGGAUCAGAAUGCAAGAUGGCCAGAUAGUGGAUGUCGAUACCAUCAUCACCGCGACGGGUAUCAAAAUGCUUAUGGGGGGUAAAAUCGACCUUAAAGUCGACGGCGAGCCUGUAUCGUGGCGGCGCCGUUAUAUCUGGAAUGGGGCCAUGUUAGACUCGGUCCCAAACAUGAUGUUCAUGUUCGGAUAUACUAAUCACUCUUGGACUCUCGGAUCCGAUGACACUGCCAUCGUCCUAACCAGGCUUUGGAGAUACAUGGAAGGAAGGGCAGUUAAAAUUGCAAUCCUUAGGGUACCGGCCGAUGCGGCAACAGGCACACAACGUUUAUGGCAGCUGAAUGCCACUUAUGUAUUGGCAGCAGAUGACGAACUGCCUGUUUAUGGAAUGUCGGGAAAUUGGAAGCCAAGAAACCGCCCACCCAUUGACUAUGUCCAUGCGCGAUGGGGGGAUUUCACGAGUGGGUUAGAUUUCUGUGCCUGA